GAGCGACGAUUGGCUGCGGCGGGGGGCGGGGCGGACCACGUGGCCGGGAAACGCCCAGGAGCCGGGAAGCGCCGGGAGCUCGGGGCGGCGGAAGUCGGGGCUCCCACAGGCCAUGGCGGCAGUGAGGCCCGGCCUGGGCCGCCUCCACCCUGGAUCCACCAUCCUGUUCCUGUGUGACAUGCAGGAGAAGUUCCGCCACGUGGCCUACUUCCCCCAGAUUGUCUCUGUGGCCGCCCGCAUGCUCAAGGUGGCCCGUCUGCUGGACAUGCCUGUUGUGGUGACGGAACAAUACCCCCAGGGCCUGGGCCCCACGGUGCCUGAGCUAGGGGCUGAGGGCCUGCGAGCUGUGCCCAAGACCUGCUUUAGCAUGGUACCCGCCGUGCGGCAGGAGCUGGACUCGAGGCCCCAGCUAUGCUCUGUGCUCCUCUGUGGCCUGGAGACUCAGGCUUGCAUCCUGAACACAGCCCUGGACCUGCUGGAGAGGGGCCUGCAGGUGCACGUGGUGGUGGACGCCUGCUCCUCACGCAGCCAGGUGGACCGGCUGGUGGCCAUGUCCCGUAUGCGGCAGAGCGGUGCCUUCCUGUCCACCAGCGAGGGGCUCAUCCUGCAGCUCGUGGGGGAUGCCGCACACCCCCAGUUCAAGGAGAUCCAGAAGAUCAUUAAGCAGCCCACCCCAGACAGCGGGCUGCUGGGCUUCUUCCAAGGCCAGAACCCCCUCUUGCGCUAACCUGGGGCGCCCGCCGGCAGGAGGCGCCCCCUUCCCGGGAUCCCAGGAGCGGUGCAGUCC